AUGUACAGAAGCGUCAGUCGGGUACCAUUUCGAAUUGUGCGAAGGAGUCCAGAUAUGUAUACCUUUGUCCCAAAUCGAUUUUUCGCUAGGCAUUAUUCCACUGAGAUGACUUAUGUUCCUCCAGAUAUAUCGUUAAUGGACAAGGACAAAUGGCGUAAAAUGGAUAGAAACCUUCGAGAAGAAGUUAUACAGUACCUAGAUUGGAAAAUGGAAGACUCUUGGACCAGAAUGGCCAAUGGCGAGAAAAGAGCUGCUUAUUUUAUAUCCUACGGCGAGUGGGGCCCACGAGCUCAAAAAGGUUCUCGCGACGCACAAAUCGAGAUGACGACGCCCGAAUUAGCGUUAAGAGGUGUUUUCAGUGGUAUAUUGUUCACAGCAUUGGCUAUCAGCGUUGUAAAUUAUAAAAAGGAGAAGAAUUUGCCCAAAAACGGUACAGUUGAAACGAUUGACAGCUUAAAGGCAUAA